AUGGCAGUGGAAAUGUGGAAGUAUGUUUUCGCAGUUAUCAUCAUAAAUUCAGCGACCUCUGAAAGAAUAAAGGAUAUGAUAUACAUGCCGAUGGUGGGUGUAGCUGCUUGUUUCCGAAGACACAAUGGCACACAUCAGUUUGGAUGCUCCUCUGACAGAUCAGGGAGCGUAGGCGUGGUACACUUGGUGGAUAUAGACGAUGAUAUCACUUGGAUAGAAAAGAAUUCCACUGCAGGUCCAUACACCGUUGUCCUACCAUUUGCAAUGUUCAACAGACACACGCUUGUAAGACUCAGGGAUACAAAUAACAUAAACGGAGUGCUAUUGACAAAGAAUGUGAGUCACGAACGUCCAUGGAAGUAUUCACCCGAGGACACGUGUCCGAAUCGAUACUCCGGCUAUAAGAGAUGCGACAGCAAGAAACCAUGGAAUCCCUUUGGGUCAGCAUUACUCAUGGAAGACUGGCCGUUUCCCAUGUUUUACACAGAGAAUCAGACAAUUUUGGAGGCAAUAAAGUCUUGCUUCUGGGCGCACAAUGCGCAUGACCUCGAGACGCAGUACCAGCGAUCUCUCUGCGCGUUAGAAAUGAACUCGUUCAUGUACGCCGCUAUAAACUCAGAAUCGUGCAUAAAGCGUACGGAUUCCGUGCCGAAUUUCCAUCCGACGUUGUUCUGUGAUCCGUUAGGAGAUAGAAAUGUACACUGGCCUUUGGAACCUCUCAAUGAGAAUAAUAAUAUAGUGAUAUUGGUAACGGCGCGACUAGACGCAUCGUCCUUGUUCGAUGGUAUAUCACCCGGCGCGGGUAACACCGUGACAGGACUGGUCACGUUGCUCGCCACUGCGUACUAUCUGAAUUUCUUAAAUGCCACCGUCGACAAGACGAACGUGGUAUUUUCCCUGCUGAACGGAGAAGCGUUCGAUUAUAUAGGCUCGAGUCGUAUGGUGUACGACUUGAAACAGAACAGUUUUAACGCUCUCGGUGGAAUCAAUCUGAAACUUGACGAUAUCCAGGGCGUUAUUGAAUUCGGUCAAUUGGGCGAGGGAGAGAUAUUUUUGCACAGCAGUGGCAAAAACGACGCUAUAAACCGUCUGCGGGACGCAUUAAAUGUGACAUUGAAUGCGUCAAUCGUAAACGAUAGCGUUCCACCUACCUCCGUGCAGAGUUUCCUGGAGGCGAGACCGAAUCUAACGACCGUUGUUAUAAGCAAUCACGGCAGACAGUUCAAGAACCGAUAUUACAACGGUAUCUUGGAUGACGCGGAGAGUCUCGGUUUUGAUAAAAACGAUACUAGCACGCUUGCAUCAGAUUUAGCGAAAAUUGCUCUUCAGGUUGCUAAUGAGCUUUACCGGGCGGUGACGGGUGAGGCACCGCAGCCCGUCGUCGAUCUGCCUGUACCCAUGGAGACGCUUACCGCGGAAAUGCUAUAUUGUUACCUGGAGAGCGCCAAGUGCUCUCUGUUUCGCGCGGCUUCGGCACCUAAUGCUAAAUUGAUCGAUCAGGUAUUACCAUUGUAUGUUGGGGUGCAUAAAGUGCUUAACAUCGCGACGACUCUAACGGGUCAGCUUUUGGCCUAUCUGACCGGUGAAAAGCUCUACGAGAUGAACGAGUCUACGUGUCACGAAAAUCGGCUCGCCUGGAUGGGUGGUCAGAACUUCACGGGCUUGUGCAUCAAUUCAACCGUCAAUUACAGUAUAGCCGUGAGCCCCGCGUUUAUCAUAGAUGGAUACGAUAUGAAAUCGGGCGUCUACUCGACCUGGACGGAAUCCGUAUGGCAAACGUUAAGCAUUAGAAUGUUUCUCAAACCGGCAGCAGCGACAGAACGCUUCAGUUUGAUUCUGGGUUGUUCAGUUGCUGGUUUCUCAUUCGUAUUAGUGUGGUUUAUCAAUAAUCGAGCUGACGUGUUAUUUAAUUCGAGAAGAACCGUUGAUUGCUAGGAAUACGCUGCGGACCACAUAUCAAUGGAUAGGUUAGAUAAUCAUCAAGAAGAUCGAGAUGUUCCAGUAACUAGCCUUUAAUCGUAUGUGUGGGACGCCCUCGGACGAUUUUUUAUAACACAAAAAAUAUCCGGAUGUGUCACGUAAUCAUCUUUAGGAUUAUCUUAUUUAUCGUCAUCGUUUCAUCCGCAGUGUUCAACUGGAAAAAAAAAUUAUAGAUGCAUCUUUUUUACUCAUCUUACACAAAGGUGAAUCAUUUCUUCACUUUUUCCCUAUGAUAUAUCUAUAAUAUCUUAUUAUUUAUGAAGUUAUAUAUACGUGUACAUGAAAAAAGACACUGAACGAUUGAAACAGAAAGCUUGAUAAGUUUUAACAGCUUUGUAUUGUGUAUGCGUGUAUAUAAAUGAAUGAACGUGUGUGUAUGUAUGUAUGUACGUAUGUAUGUAUAAGGUAGUCGCACUGGUAAGACUUGGAAAAUAAAAAUUACAUAGAAAGCGUAUAGCUAAUUUUUAAUAGCAAUACAAAUUUGUUAUUCAUGUAACGUUAAAAAAAUUGAAAUACGAAUCAUAAAUCAAAAAGAGAAAAAGUAUAUAUCUUUUUUUUCCUCUUCUCUCUUUCGUCAAGUUUAUCUUUAAAGGAUAAUAAUAUAGGAUUUAAAUGUCGAUAUUUCCCCAAUUUUACAUUUUCAACUUCCAAAUUUCAUUUUCAUUUUACAUACAAUGCAUUGUUUGUUCUUCGUUAAAACAAUGGAAUUGUAAACAUGGUACAGAAAUGUAUGGAUAGUAUUAAAACAAACGGCUCCUUACAUAAUUGCGGUAAGAAUAAAAAAAAAAGAUUAAUGCAAGCGUGAUGGCGUUUAUUAUCGAUAAACAACUUAUUUAACAGGGCAUUGAUGUACACGGGAAAGAAGUAUUUAAUUUGUAUAUCUAUGCUUUCUUUUUUUAGUAUACAUAUAAGUAUAUAAUAUGUUUCUCAUUUACGACUUGAAAUUUGGACAAAGUUAGAAAUGGGUCAUCCCCCUCCCCCAAAAAACGGAAGAUUUACAUUUGAGAAAUGUACACAGAAUCUCUCUGUAUUCUAGAUCUAGAUAAUUAGACGGAUUGCAAUAUUCUUAAUCGGUUCAACAUUCGUAAAUUAAACAAAUCUUCUUUGCGCUGUUUCUUACUGUACAUUUGUCAGGCACGUAGCAUAAAAAUGUGUGCAUGAUAAAAAAAAUUAACAUUUUCUUGCAUAUAUAUGCCGUGAAAAUAAAGACCGAGAGAUACGUUCAGAGAAUAUUAAUUAAUCCAGACGAAUUAGCAAUAUGGAAUUUUGAUUGUAAUACGAAGCAAGCACAUAAUUACGAAAUCCUGUAAACAAUAUGUCAUUUUUGCAUUCUUGUAGAUACUUGUGUACAACGUUCUGCAUUUUAUCACAUGAUUAUACACAAACAUUUACGAGAAGUGAAAUAGAAAUGAUUUAUUAUUCGCAAAAUACAAAGCGAAUAUCCCUUCUUGAACUAAGCUUGAUCUAUGAAUUUUUUAAGUCUGCCGAGAGAAAUCUCUAUUUCUCUUUCGAAUAAUCGCAAAGCUGUUAACGCCGAAAGAUAUGCUAUAUAUGAAUAUCUGACCCAUUUCUACCUUUAUAUACGUUUCUUUUUUAAUCUAAUUUUCGGUAGACAAUUUUCUCGCAUCGACGUUAAUGCGGCAGACGUUUACGUUUCCUACAAAGAGUGUCCACAUGCACGCGUCGUAAUGAACUUUUCAUAUCGCGGACACUUGUGCGAAAAAAAA